GUGGUGACAGGCCUUUGGCUGCUCUUAAGUUGCUCAAAAGAGUCAAAGAACUAAACUACUUGGUACUUGAAUGCCUGGCUGAGCGUACACUUGCUGAUCGCUAUCAAAUCAUGGUUUCUGGUGGUGAUGGUUAUGAUUCCCAAAGUAAGUGUUUCCUGUUAUGGCAGUUUGUGUUUUGAUACGUCAUGGAAUAUCAAUAUUCAUUUCAAGCAGUGAGCUGAACAAUAAAAUAUGAAUUCUGAAUCAAGUCUAGUUGGUUGUCAUCAUGCUUUUAGUUCAGCUGCUUUUGAAUGAUUAAUGUGGUUAUGUCUAUAUCUUCGACCUAAGCUGUGUCGCCACUUGUACCUUCUGAGUGGUACAAUCAAAUGGUUUCUGACUGGAUGCGUACAUUGCUGCCUCAAGCUAUGGAAAGAGGAACUUGUAUAGUUACCAAUAUGGGUGCAAUGGAUCCUUUGGGCGCUCAAGCAAAAGUCUUAGAAAUAGCUAGCAGCCUGGGGCUUAAUAUUUCUGUUGCUGUUGCUCACGAGAUAUCUACCGCGAGUUUAGGUUCAGGAUGCUUACAUGAGAGAUUGCAUAACAUGAAGGGUGGUGUCAGUACCUACCUGGGAGCGGCUCCUAUUGUUCACUGUCUUGAAAAGUACCACCCAAAUGUGAUAAUCACUUCGAGAAUUGCUGAUGCUGCUUUAUUCUUGGCACCUAUGGUUUAUGAACUAGGUUGGAAUUGGGAUGACUUGGAUCAGUUAGCACAAGGAUCUCUGGCUGGGCACCUUCUAGAGUGUGGCUGCCAACUUACUGGGGGAUAUUUCCUGCAUCCAGGAGACAAGUAUCGAGAUAUACCCUUUGAGCAACUACUGGAUUUAUCGCUUCCUUAUGCUGAGAUUUGUUUUGAUGGACAAGUAUGUGUAGCAAAGGCAGAAGGUUGUGGUGGGGUUCUAAAUUUCAGUACAUGUGCUGAACAACUUCUUUAUGAGGUUGGAGAUCCUGGUGCAUAUGUGACCCCUGAUUUGGUUGUUGAUUUUCAGAAUGUUUCGUUCCUUUCACUGUCAAGCUGUAGAGUUCUCUGUAAGGGGGCAAAACCCUCUGCUAAACCAGUUCCAGAUGAACUUCUGCAGUUGGUUCCAAAGGAGUGCGGAUGGAAGGGAUGGGGAGAGAUAUCUUAUGGCGGCUAUGAAUGUGUUAAACGUGCUAAAGCUGCUGAAUUUUUGGUUAGAUCAUGGAUGGGAGAAUCUUUUCCCAUUCUUAACUCGCAGAUUCUUUCUUAUAUAAUUGGAUUUGAUAGCCUCAAGGCUACCAGCAUUGGUGGAAAUUCUUCAUCCUGGGAGACUAGUGAUAUAAGAUUACGGAUGGAUGGACUCUUUGUGCAGAAGGAACAUGCUGUCCAGUUUACUAGAGAAUUUACGGCGUUAUAUACAAAUGGGCCUGCUGGUGGCGGUGGUAUCAGUACUGGAUUGAAGAAAGAAAUUCUUCUCGAAAAGAGAUUGGCUAGGCGUGAGGAUGUUUUCUGGAGAAUUGGCGUGAAGAGCUGCAGGACAAGCAAUUCAGAUAAAGUAGUACUUCCUGAAUGCAAUCUGAAUCACACACUGACAUGGCCACCACAUGUACAAGCUGAAACUGACAAUUCUUUCUCAGAAUUAGCUUCACCUGAUCGGAACUGCACUCCUGCCCCUUCUGGCCAGAAUAUUCCUCUCUACAGCUUAGCACACAGCCGAGCUGGGGAUAAAGGAAAUGAUAUAAAUUUCUCUCUCAUCCCACAUUUCCCCCCUGAUGUUGAGAGGUUGAAGCUGAUUAUCACACCUCAAUGGGUAAAAGAAGUGGUCUCUCCUCUUCUAAAGUUAUCUUCUUUGGAUUUAGAUGCAGGAAAUGAAAGAGACAAGUGGGUGCAUGAUAAUGUUAAGGUGGAGAUAUAUGAAGUUAAGGGAAUCCAGUCAUUGAAUGUUGUUGUCAGAAACAUCCUAGAUGGAGGUGUCAACUGCUCUCGGAGAAUUGAUCGCCAUGGAAAGACCAUUUCAGAUCUCAUUCUGUGCCAACAAGUAGCAUUGCCUCCAUGAUUGUGUCUACCAGUAAUAUGACCUUGUUCUGAUAAGUCUUAUUUGACUAUUACAACAGUCUCUUUGUUGUUCCCAUUGUCAUAUGGCUUGAGUAUUUUUGGACCUUGUCCAGACUAAAUCCCCCUAGAAGGGCAUUGGUUUUUAUUUGUUUUUAAGAGAAGUAAUAAAGUUUGAUCAUGACAAAAUAUAUUCAAGCCAGUAAUAAAGCAGGCUGGUGUAGUCUUA